AUGUUCCAGAACCCCACGAUCAGACAAACAUCACUCUCAGUGACGAGCAUUUGGAUAUUCAAGUUCAGAAGUAGCGCUCACUCCUCGUGGUUGUUGGCUUGCGGCCUCCACGUCGUUCCAUCUCCCUCUCUGACAUUCUCCCCUUACCCUUGUCCCACAAAACACAAACAACACACCAAGCGCGACUAUCUUGAUCACGGGCUGGAGGCAGAUUCCCCUGAGGCCCUUUUCCGAGCACUCGACAAGGAACUGAACAAGUUCAAGCAUUAUCGGAAGAAGGGCGAAAAAGUUCGCAACGCGAUCAAGCCAGUUCUGGAGCUGGUCAAUAUGUGCUCGGAAAUGAUAGGACAGAGUUUAGCGACAGCGAGCAUUACCUCUGCCCAAAUUUACAAGACAUGUCUAACUUCGGUGGGACCAGGCAUUUCCACCGUCAAAAGCAAUUUUUAUCGCUAUUCGGGCCCUGCUAAAGAGACGUUCGAAGAGCUGAAGCACUUUACUGGACGGCUGGACAUUCUCAACCAAGUAGAGAUCUCGAAACCGCUCAAGAAGUUCAUCAUCGAGAUUCUUGCGCAGCUGCUUGUGGUGCUCGGAGUGGCCACAAAGUGGAUAAAUCAGAAUAGUGCUACCAAAUACUUCAAGGCACUCAUCGGGCAGAAUACGGAAUUGUCAGAUGCGAUGGGGAAAUUGCGGAUGUUAUCGAACCAGGAGGUCCCUACGGUCACUGCCGUGAUAUCAGCAACGACGACGAGAACUUCUCGAAACGUGCAAGCCAUAAGAGGCGACGCCCUCCGAGAUCAAAUCCGCUUGUGGCUCAAUCCGCCCGAUCCGACCGCGAACUAUAACGCAGCUAUAUAUGCACGACCUGGUUUAUAG